UAACGGCCAGAACUUACGUCACGUUCUUCACACUAGGAAUGAACUUCAGUAUGGUUUUAAAGGCAGGCUCUCCUGUAGUGGCACCUGGACUUAGAGCCUAUACUGUAGACAGGAACGGCAAGUAUGAGCCCCUUCAUGUAGACUCCAACGAUUUCCUCACAGGACAUUUACAAGAGAAUGAAUCUAUACAUGUGUCUGCUCAUUAUGAGGAGGACGUUCUCUGCACAACAGUUUAUUUCCCAAAUGAAACUUACUUUACUGAGCCGUCGUGGAGACACCUUCCUUCAUCAAGUGGGUGGGAUCUGAUUAGUUACAGGCUUUCUGAUGUCAACUGGAAUCAUACGGGUCCUUUUUCCGAUCCACUAACAUUACUCCAACAACCGUCUUCAGACGAGUCAGUUUCAAGCGAUGAGCAGCAUCAGAGAUUCAGCAACAUAAGACAAAAACGAGACAAUAGUGUCUUGAAUAAAAAGUGUUCCUUACGACUGGUUGCCGACUAUUCGUUUUAUAGCAAGCAUGCCAGGUCUAGUGCUUCUGGAGCUAUAAGGACAAUGAUGAUGCGAAAGAGUUGUCUGGGGUCAUAUUUUGAUCUGAAAGGUCAAAUAGAGAUGGAAUCAAUCGACUAG